UAUUGCUACAAAAUUCGGUGUAGGGAGGGCUACGGCUUUUCGAGCAUUACGGCGAGUGACUUAUGCUCUUCAUUAUGUGGCACCUCGUUUUAUUAGAUGGCCGAGAAACUAAGUUGCUUUAGAUGUGAUGGAGCGAUUCCAACGAUCAUGUGGCUUUCCUAAUGUUAUUGGCGCCAUUGGAUGGAACGCAUAUUAAAAUCCGAGCUCCCACUGAAGAUGCAGACUCCUACAUAAAUAGAAAAGGCUUUCAUUCCAUGAAUGUUCAAAUGAUUUGUGAUUCUCGAGGAUUAUUUACGCAUUGCUACGCUGGGCAGGUGGGAUCUGUGCAUGAUGCCAGAGUAUUUCGGAACUCGCCGGUAGCUCGAUUUCUUGAGUUACCCGAACAGUAUUUUCCAGAAGAUUCUCACAUCAUUGGAGAUGCUGUCUAUAAUAUUCACCCAAACAUUAUGGUGCCAUUCAGAAGAAAUAACGGGCAUCUAACCCGGCGACAAACAAAUUUCAAUUUUUGUUUGUCAUCAACACGAAUGGCUAUAGAAAGAGUGAUAGGGCAACUCAAAAUUCGUUUUAGAAUAUUACUUGAUUACUUGCCAUUAACGGAUAUCAAGAAAAUCCCAGAAUUUAUAGUUGCGUGUUGCGUAUUACAUAAUAUUUGUUUACUGCAAAAUGACGAAAUGGUUAUAGGCUUAGUACAACAUGACGAUGAAGCAAACAUUGUAUUAGAUAAUGCGGAUAAUGCAGGUAAUGCAGGGAAAGAAAAAAGAAAUAGAAUUAUGAAUGCUUUGGAAAUGAAAAUACAAUGA